GCCUCAUGACUCCAAGCAUCGAAGGCAGAUUGUGAGGACCGCUCAAUCAAUACACUCGACCGACACUCCGAUUGUAGGAACAGCGUGAACCCAUCUUCAAGCGUCGCGUUCCAAAAGCUACGGGUGUCGCACCCACGCACCAGCUGUUCCCAGCUCCGGCUUUAGCAAGAAGCGACCAUGUCAUCGACGCUUCAAGGUCGUCCUCUCUCUCGCACAGCUUCGUCAAGCGCGAGCAGCUCACAAGCGCAACAGCAGCGCUCGACAUCGAGAGGGGUCGUCAGCUCCAGCAACAUGCACGCAAAGACGUUCGACAGUUCCAAGUUGAAAGUUCAAUUGCACAAGGUGCUGCACUCCAGAUUGGCCGGUGUCGCGUGGGAAAGGGACAAGGAAAAAAUGAAGGCUGUCAAUAGGGAUAUCGCGGAUAAUGUAAAGAGCAGAAUGAUUGAGAUAGAACCAAAGGGCUUCAAAUACCUUGUACAAGUGCAACUCUCAGAAAAUAAGGGUCAAGGGGGCAGAGCCGAUGCCGCAUACCACUGGGAAGAGGGAGAUGUCGUGAUUCACGAAAUGUACGCUAAUAACGACCUGAUCGCCACCGUCACCGCCUACGCAAUCCGCACAUAAUCUUUCUGCGUGCACAAGGCACCGACACGGCCCGCACUCCAGGAGGCGUGAAAGAGCGCAAUCGCUGGCUAGAGUGCCGCGGCGCGGCGUGCAGUCACUGCACCAGGCUCAGAACAGGUAUCAUCGAGGUGGGGCAUGAAUGACUGGAGGAACGAUGUUGAAGCGACUUGGUGAUGAGAGCAAGUGUGGAAAGACAGAACGAGGUGGCUAUGCAUUGCGGCGUGUAAUUACGAAGGGGGGGACAGAAUUCGAAAGUAGAUCACGGGAACCCAAUAUGCCAAGGAAAUGCGGGGGUUGGGAUGCACCCACCAUCAGUCAUUCACGAGAGGUGGCUCUCGACAGGUUUGCAUCAAGCGUCACCGCCUUCGAACACGAAGAAGCCGCGUCGGAGCUGCUGCUCGGCUCUUUUCUGGCGACAAGACCUCAUUCCAGGUAAAA